AUGGUAGAAUUAGUAUGUGGUUUGGAACAACGAAAAAAAAUUGAAGCUAUACCUUUAUCAAAUGAUACUAUUAACUCUAGGAUUUCUGAUAUGUCCACUAACAUUUUGGAACAAGUAAUUUGGGAAUUAGAUUCAACCCCUUUCCCAUUCAGUAUGCAGUUGGACGAAAGUACAGAUAUCUCUCAAUGCAGCCAAUUAUUAGUUUUUAUGCUUGGUAAAUCAUCUGGUUUCACAGCGUUGAUAAAGAAGGAAAUUCCCGAUAUCAUCAUCACUCAUUGUUUUCUUCAUCGGCACGCUUUGGCAUCAAAAACUCUACCAACCAAUUUAAAAGAAGUUAUGACGACUGCUGUCAAAGUUGUAAAUUUCAUCAGAGCAGAGCCUUACGUCACCGACUUUUCAAAGUGUUAUGUCAAGAAAUGGGAUCUGAACACGAAGUUCUUCUUUAUUACACAGAAGUGCGUUGGCUUUCCAGAUGACAAGUUAUGA